AUACUUCCGGUCACUUCCGGCAGCAUGGAGAGCGAAGAAGAAACAUCAACAAGCGAAAGCCGUGGCAAAAUACGUGUGAAGGGGAAGAAGAAGAAGGGCGGUGAUGACUUGCUGGAGGUACCUGAAGGAUGGAAGGAGCCCAAGUUCCAGCAGGAUGACAAUCCACAUGGUGUUCUGGCAGAGAGCUCCUUCGCAACUCUCUUCCCAAAGUACAGGGAGAAGUACAUCAGGGAGUGUUGGCCUCUGGUGAAGAAGACACUCUCAAACUAUAACAUCAAGGCAGAGCUGGAUGUGGUUGAAGGAAGCAUGAGUGUCCGGACUACACGCAAGAUGUGGGACCCCUUCAUGAUAGUCAAGGCCCGAGACCUCAUCAAACUUCUCAGUAGGAGUGUUCCCUAUGAACAGGCGAUGCGUGUUCUGGAAGAUGACACAUUCUGUGACAUUAUCAAGAUCUCUUCGUUUGUUCAAAACAAGGAGAGGUUUAUAAAGCGACGACAAAGGCUUAUGGGUCCUGAUGGCUCAACACUCAAGGCUAUCGAGCUGCUGACCAACUGCUAUGUUCUGGUACAAGGAAACACAGUGUCUGCCCUGUUAUUUAACUGAACAAAAAAUAUAACAGCACAUAAAGGUCUAAGGGAGGUUAGAAAAAUUGUAGAGGACACAAUGAAAAACAUUCACCCUAUAUACAAUAUAAAGACACUGAUGAUUAAGAGGGAGCUUGCAAAAGAUCCAGCAUUAAAAAAUGAGAGCUGGGAUCGGUUCCUGCCAAAGUUCAAAAAGAAAAAUGUGAAGAGGAAAAAGCCGAAGAAAGUAAAGGCAAAGAAAGAAUACACACCAUUCCCUCCUCCACAACCAGAGAGCAAGAUGGACAAGGAGCUUGCUAGCGGAGAGUACUUCCUCAAGGAGGAUGAGAGGAAGAUGAAGAAGGCCAUGGAGAGGAAGAGGGCUAGUGCUCAGUCGGGCAAGGAGAGUCAGAUAGCCAAGAGGGCCAAGGCUUUUAUUGCCCCAGAGGAACCAGUCAGCAAGGUGGUCAAGAAGGAUACAACGAGCAAGUCAGCUGAUGUUGAUGUGGCUGCCCUCAAGAGGAAGAUAAAGAAAGCCCAGAAAAAGAAGAUAUCCUGAAAAAUGGCAUUGAAACAUUGUGGUGACAUAUGGUGUAAAACAACUGUCCGACAGUGCUGGAACCAUCAGUGUUUGACCAGUAAAGUGAUGGACAUGACAACCAUUCAUGCCCUGAGGAUCCCACAAAAGUUGUCCUGGGAGUGUAUAUGUUCAUAUGUCAUGAAAUCACUGUGUUGAAAUUAUUUUGUCCUUAUUUACCAUGUUUCAAAACAGUUGUUUGAAGACUUCAGAACAUUACUUCAAGAAAAGUUUUUUUGAGAUGACAGUGUGCUAGUAAUUGGGAGUUAUCUCCCCUUUGCUGCCACCAGAUGGCGAGAAGGAACAUCUCAGGAGCAGCACUAACCGCGUCCUCUUAAUCCAUUUCAUCAAAGUCUAGUAGGAUGUCCUCGAACAUUGAUUAGCCAAUUAGGAUGCAUUAACAUGGACCCUGUUAUCGAGGUUUUAGGAAACUUUUGAAACACAACAUAUGGCUUGUCCUUCAUAUUGAGGUAGCCUCGUAGUUUAAAACUCUUGACAGUCAGGGGGAAUAUGGGGUUUGAAUCCCCUCUGGGUACAGAUAACUAUUUCUGGUGUAAUUGAUUGCAUAUAGUGGCGUAAAACUCUAUUCAUUCACCCAUUCAUUCUUAUUGCUAAGGGAAUUUAAUUCAUACUGCUAAAUUGACAGAAAUGAUAUGGUCUUGCUUUGACUUGGAAAACUGGCUUUCCUACAGAUCACUGUUUAUUAAUUUCAAGGGUUCAAGGUAAAAUGAGGGCACUUUAAAGUAAUAAAAUGAUGUGAUGUACUAUAUUGUACGGAAAGGUGAGAUUGAAUAAUUAUUUUAAUUAGAGGAACUGUUUCUUGUCUUAAUUGGGUACAAUUAAAAUUCUUUUCUGCCAGGUUUCAAGGAAACAUGAGGGUCCUCUUAAGUAAUGAAAUGAUGUGCUAUAUUGAACGGAAAUGUGAGAUUGAAUAAUUACUAUAAUUAGAGGAACUAUUUCUUGUCUUAAUUUGGUACAAUUAAAAUGAUUCUUUUCUGCCUCCAUUCCAUAAAUGACCUGGUUGAAACCCAGUAUGAUGAUGACUUGCCAGUAUUUAAACAAAACAGAAUAAGCAAACAUGAUUUUAAAAAUGCCUCAUACCAUUAAUCACCAGUGACUGGAAAUGUAAAUCUGACCCUUCCUGAUACUUUUUGCUCCUGUAUAUGCUGUAAUGGAAGAUUAUGGCAAGCUAAUAUGUUUGUACAGAAUAAAACUAUCCAUCUUUUUAAUAAACAUAACAGGGCGAG